GACGACAUCAACCAAACACGGAAGUAGUAAUGCAGCUAGCUGAUGUUAACUAAUCAGUUUAUUUAUCGCACUUCAAAGUAUUGUAGCUAGUUCCAUACAGCUAAUAUCACCAGAUAUAAUUUAUUAUACGGUUAUGGUAACGUUAAGUAUUAUUCACUGGCUGGACUAGUUCACGUAUGGAACUAUGAAACGCGGGAUUUCCACCUCUGCCAGUUAAGGAGCUACAAUACUAGCCAGUUGUAGCAGCGCGCUAUCGUUAGCUAACAUUUCUCCCUCACAGCACAGCAAGAGACUGGAAUAACUCUGGCACAACAACAUAUUCUUUGAGAUAUUUGAAGCCCAUUCACAAUGCAUGAGUUUGAUGAACACCAACAGUCAAAAUGGCGGGGUCCAGACUGUAACCAUGGUGACCAGCAGAGCAGCAAGCGACUCCAGGGUCCCGAGAUGGUCCAAAGUUUUGACAUUGUAUUCAAAGAGGAGCCAGAAGAUGAUCAUGAACCUUGGGGUCAGAGUAAUACUGGAAUGAGUCCUGCCUCCAGCCUCGGCAGUGAGGAGACUACCUCUACAUCAGGAGAACCUGAGCAACACCAGGAGAAUCAUCAGACAGCCACGUCGUCUCACCGGGAGAAUCAUCAGACAGCCACGUCGUCUCACCGGGAGAAUCAUCAGACAGCCACGUCGUCUCACCGGGAGAAUCAUCAGACAGCCACGUCGUCUCACCGGGAGAAUCAUCAGACAGCCACGUCGUCUCACCGGGAGAAUCAUCAGACAGCCACGUCGUCUCACCGGGAGAAUCAUCAGACAGCCACGUCGUCUCACCGCUGCUGUGCCUGUGGACAGGAGUUCCCUGGUGCCUAUGACCUCAUGCUACACCAGAGGACUCACUAUGUAAGGAACAGGGUGCCAUGUGGGACACAUACCAUGACUGUAAAGAGAGAGUGUGGUCACACUGAGGAGGAGGAGGAAGGAGAGGAAGUUGGUGGAUUUAUUAAAUGUGAAGAAGCAGCUACUUGGGAUCCUCCUCAACUCGGUAAGGGGCUGGGAUAUGAUGCCAUUAAAGAACACAAAGGAAUGAGUCCUGCCUCCAGCCACGGCAGUGAGGAGACUACCUCUACAUCAGGAGAACCUGAGCAACACCAGGAGAAUCAUCAGACAGCCACGUCGUCUCACCGCUGCUUUGGCUGUGGACAGAAGUUCCCUGCUGCCUGUGACCUCAUGUUACACCAGAGGACACACAUAGAGAGAGGCUUCUACAAGUCUGUUUGUGGAGAGCUGUUCUACCAGAAAGAGUUACUCAAAACACAUCAUCAGAAAGUUGACACAGGAAUACCUGUACAACACCAGAAGAAUCCCAAAGCUAAGAAGUCUCAUGACUGUGUAGUGUGUGGAAAACAACUAUUGGAAGCAAUGAAGCUGAAGAGGCACAUGAGAACACACACAGGAGAGAAACCUCACGGUUGCUCUGUGUGCGGCAGGGGAUUCACACAGAAAGGAAAUCUGAAAACACACAUGAAAACACACAGAGGGUUGAACCCCAAAUUGUGGUCCACUGGAGAGGACAGUCCCUCUACAUCAGGAGAACCUGAACAACACCAGAAGAACCACACAGCUAAGACAUUUCAUAAUUGCAUAGAUUGUGGGGAGAUAUGCCAAACUCUACCAGCACUAAAAAAACACAUGAAAACUCACACCGGAAAGAAGCUGUCUUACCAAUGCUCCCUUUGCGGGGCAGAAUUCACUGAGAAAGGGCAAAUCCAAGACCACCAGUUAAAGCAUGUUGGAGAGAAGCCUUACUCCUGCCCUGACUGUGGGAAAUGUUUCGUCAAUGAAAGCUACAUUAAAAUUCACCAGCGAACACACACUGGAGAGAGACCCUACAGCUGCCUUGUGUGUGGAAAGAGUUUCAUGAAAAAAGCAUACUUAAAAAGUCAUUUACUGACACACACUGGAGAGAAGCCAUACCUUUGCUCCAUCUGUGGGAAGACAUACAGUAGAGAAGGAACUUUCAAAAUCCACCAGAGAGUUCACACAGGAGAGAAACCAUACCUGUGCACUGAAUGUGGGAAGCGUUUCAGCUGUAGAGCAAACCUUUAUUCACACAAGAAGAGACAUGCUGGCAAACCCAUAGGACCUAAACGGCAGUUAGGCAGACCGAAGCAACUGCCAAACUGACAAUGGGACAGGAAAAAUGUACUUGUGUAGUGUCUCUCCUGAUCACCAGCAAAAUAGUUAUGUUCAUCUUGAUUAUGCAUUUCCCAUAAACGGACAUAAACAAUAGAAUAUUAAGGAAUGCAGCUGUGGAUGUCUGAAAAACUGAAAUAUGUAAGCACAGGACCUAAACAGCAGUUAUGCAGACCCAAGAAACUGCCAUGAGGACGGUGCUUUUUAAAUUAACUUAAGCAGUGACUUCAUUUUAUGUAAGACAUCACAGCACGGUUGAAAAAUAUAUAUGGGCCACGGAAAUCAAGAGAGGGGGGUCUACAGAGAGAGGUGGGAUUAAAAAAUGAAUGAUCUGUAAUUGUUAGGAAACACCACAUAUCAUGUGUACAGGACAUGUCUUAGAGUGGGGUUGUGGAGAGGAGUGGCUAACCAGCAUCAACAAAGCCGGAGCAAACUGGACGCCAAGGGACAGUGAGGUGCGUUGCUGAGGCUGCGGAUCUGACUGGCUCUCCGACUCUGACUGACUGGCUCCCUCCGAGACCAGGAACGCUUCCUCCGCUCUCAGUACCAUCUGUUCUGUUUCAACUCUGACGACCCUCCACCCUUCAGCUCCCAUCCAUGCAGAUUUGUAUGUUUUUUUGGGUUCAAACUUGUAAGUGCUGAUAUUUAGCUUUUAACUGCCAAGUUUUAUUGCUAUGUAACUGUUAUGAAAGUCGUAUUGUCAAUUUGUUUUGUAUUUAAAUGCCACUUUAAACGUGUACAAGA